CUUUAGCAGAAUCCUUGAAGGGAAAAGUGAGGAGUGAGGGCUUACACAACUAUUUAAUAAAAACAUGGGAGCAGGUUAACCUGGUAGCAAAGCAUCUCGGGUCAACCAUUUGAUAUUGGAGUGUUAGAGAGAGAGAGAGAAGAGCUUGACGGAAGAGAAUGGCGAACCCACCGAAGCCCUGGAAGGCGGAAUACGCCAAGUCUGGGCGAUCAUCGUGCAAGACAUGCAAGAGUCCAAUCGGCAAAGAGAGUCUCAGGUUGGGGAAGAUGGUUCAGGCCACCCAAUUCGACGGUUUCAUGCCCCUGUGGAACCAUGGUAGUUGUAUUCUGAAGAAAAAGAACCAGAUAAAAGCCCUUGAUGAUGUUGAAGGCAUAGAGGUGCUCCGUUGGGAAGAUCAACAAAAUAUAAGGAAGUACUUGGAGGCUGGACCUGCUGGGGGUCCUGGGGAAUCCAAUAGUACGUCAGCUCCCCCAAAGUAUGAGGUUGAUGUUUCAAAAACUUCCCGUUCCACAUGUAAGCACUGCAACCAAAAGAUUAUGAAAGGGCAGGUUCGGAUAUCAUCAGAACCCCAUAGUAAAGGUGCUAAAGGAUUAGCAUGGCGCCAUGCUAAUUGUUUCUUUGAAAUUUCUCCUACUGUGCCUAUUGAGCAAUUGUCUGGAUGGGAUAACCUUUCUGCAUCUGAUCAGGAAUCUGUUAUUGGACUGGUUAAGAAAGGUUCCAGUUCAGGCACCAGCCUCAAGGUGGAGGAAGAUGAAGAAAUUUUGCAAAAGCCAUCAUCCACAGGUGGUACUAAACGUAAAAGGGCUACCAAAGAUGAAAAGAAUUGCAGUACUUCAAGGAAUGGACAACCAGAGACAUGUGACUUGGCGUCCCAAUUAGAGACUCAAACUAAACAAAUAUGGGCACUGAAAGACGAUCUCAAAAAGAAUGUAAGUACAACAGAGUUACGAGAAAUGCUUGAAGCCAAUGAUCAACUUUCUACAGGAUCAGAGCUGGACCUGCGAGAUCGUUGUGCUGACGGAAUGGCUUUUGGAGCACUUGAACAAUGCCCACUUUGUUCUGGGCAUCUUCAAUAUUCUGGAGGCAUGUACAAAUGUCAGGGCUUUAUUUCUGCUUGGAGCAAAUGUGCAUACUCAACCUUUGAACCGGCACGCAUGAAGGAGAAGUGGAAGAUCCCUGAUGAGACUACAAAUCAAUACCUCUCCAAAUGGUUUAAAUCACAAAAAGUGACGAAACCUUGUCGAGUUUUGCCUCCUCUAUCAUCUAAUACGCCUUCUGGAAAUAAAAAUGAUGAUGGACAACGCCAAUCAUAUGGAAGCAACAAGUUGGGUGAUUUGAGAAUUUCUAUGUUAGGGUUCCCCAAAGCAUCCAUGGAUUCUUGGAAAAGCAAGAUUGUUGAGGCGGGUGGACAGGUUCAUGCCAGAAUCAAUAAAGAUACAAACUGCUUAGUUGUUGGGGAAAUGCUGGGUGGUGAAAGUAAUGAUAUGAAGAAGGCUAGGAAGAUGCACAUACCUGUUGUUCGAGAGGAGUACCUGAUUGAUUGCUUUGAAAAGCAGAAAAAACUUCGUUUUGAUUUGUACAAAACUGAAGCAAUUGGAGAGUCAUCUAGUAUGGUAACUAUUAAAGUCAAAGGUCGAAGUGCUGUGCAUGAAUCAUCGGGCUUGCAAGAUAUUUGUCACAUCCUUGAAGAUGGCAAAAACAUAUAUAAUACAACUUUGAGCAUGUCUGAUCUUUCAACUGGUAUUAACAGUUACUAUAUCCUGCAAAUCAUUCAAGAAGAUAAAGGGUCAAGUUGUUAUGUAUUCCGCAAAUGGGGACGUGUUGGAAAUGAGAAAAUUGGAGGGAAGAAACUGGAUAAUAUGUCAAAAAUGGAUGCAAUCCAAGAAUUUAAGCGUCUAUUUUUAGAAAAAACUGGAAACCCAUGGGAGGCAUGGGUAGAGAAAGAAGAUUUUCAAAAGCAGCCUGGAAAAUUCUAUCCACUGGACAUUGAUUACGGGAUCAACAAGGACCCUCCAAAAAAGAAAAUUCUUGAUAAUGUGGACAGUAUACUUCCUCAUCCAUUAUUGGAAUUGAUGAAGAUGUUAUUCAAUGUGGAGGCAUACAGGGCUGCCAUGAUGGAGUUUGAGAUUAAUAUGGCCGAAAUGCCUCUUGGGAAACUGAGCAAAAGUAAUAUCCAGAAAGGUUACGAGGCAUUGACAGAGAUACAGAAUUUGCUAAGUAGCCUUACUCAUGAGCCACAUAUGAGAGAAAGCUUGAUUGUUGAUGCAAGCAACCGUUUCUUCACCAUGAUUCCUUCCAUUCAUCCUCAUGUGAUCAACGAUGAGGAUGAUUUCAAGUCCAAGGUGAAAAUGUUGGACGCACUUCAGGAUAUUGAAAUUGCUUCCAGAUUGGUGGGUUUUGACGGUGAUAAUGAUGACAGCCUGGAUGAGAAGUAUAGGAAACUUCAAUGUAACAUUGAGCCACUUCCACAUAACAGUGAAGAUUAUCGUUUGGUUGAGAAGUAUCUGCACAAAACUCAUGCUCCUACACACACGGGUUGGACUCUUGAGCUUGAAGAUGUGUUUUCACUUGCAAGGGAGGGAGAAUCCAAUAAGUUUACACCUUACAAGGGAAAACUCAAAAACCGAAUGCUCCUUUGGCACGGUUCUAGACUAACAAAUUUUGUGGGUAUUCUUAGCCAAGGACUUCGAAUAGCUCCACCUGAAGCUCCUGCAACUGGAUACAUGUUUGGAAAGGGAGUAUAUUUUGCGGACCUAGUGAGUAAAAGUGCUCAAUAUUGCUUUACUGAUAAGAAAAAUCCUGUGGGUCUGAUGCUCUUGAGUGAAGUUGCUUUGGGGGAGGUCUAUGAGCUGACAAAGGCUAAGUAUGUUGAGAAACUUCCGAGUGGGAAGCACUCUACUAAAGGCCUGGGAAAGAUUGUACCUCAGAAAUCAGAAUUUGUUACUUGGAAGGAUGAAGUUGUGGUUCCAUGUGGAAAACCUGUCCAAUCAAAUACCAAGUCAUCAGAAUUGAUGUAUAAUGAGUACAUUGUCUAUGAUACAACCCAAGUCAAGAUGCAGUUCCUGUUGAAGGUGAGGUUUCAUCAUAAGUAGCGAGAUAGAAGAAGCUUAUGUAGUAGCAAUGUAAGUACCCUUUUGAAAAACGGUGGCAACUAAACUCUUUUGGUUUUGCUGCGUUGUUUCGUGGAUAAAAUCCAAAUGCUACUUUUAGUUUUGUGAUUGUUAGGAAAAACUUAUUUUCUCCCUAAUACUACUACUACUACAAGCUAGUUAAGAUCUCAUUUUGCGGCUAGGUUGGAGAUCUAACUAACUUAGAGUACUGAUGUUUUUGGUACCUUAAAUGGUUUUCUUUAGUAAUGGAAGUUUGAGCUCUACUUUUGAAUAUUCAAUUUAUUGUGCCUCAU